CAGUCAGGUCAGGUUCCCUGCAGGAGAAGACAAUAGGUGUUGGACUUGGAGAAGAAGUAGUACAUGAUGGAUGCAAUCAACGUCUGAAAAGAAUAAGAGGAAAGAAGAUUUAAAGGUAGAACACUCUGGAUUAGAAUAUCAUGGAGAUAGGUAUAUUUGUCCUCCUCCUGCUGCUUGUCCUAACGACUCAGGCUCUGAAUUUAGAUGAAUGGAAACCCCGGAUCUUCCGAGGGCCCAGUGGCAGUUACUUUGGGUUUUCCUUGGAUUUCUUUCAAACAGCAGAAAAAGAAAUGAACUUAGCGGUUGGUGCCCCCAAAAUGCAGACAUUGCAGCCACAUAUCAUUCGUGGUGGUGGGGUAUUUAUGUGUCCUUGGGAUUCGAAGACCAGAAAUUGUACGAUGAUAGAGUUUGAUCAAACAGGAGAUUCAAUCAAUAAAUAUGGCGAUAUCACCGUGGGGGUUUUCAAGUCUGAUCAAUUUUUUGGUGCCACUGUCAGAACCUGGAAAGACAGCAUUGUGGCUUGUGCUCCGCUACAGCACUGGAAUGUCUCAAGGCACAGUGACCAAUCUGGAUUAACACCCACCGGGGCCUGCUACCUGUCUAGUAACCUCCAAAACUUCCUUGAAUUUGCACCUUGUCGGGAAAUGACCACGGCUUCCAAUAAAAGGUUUUGUGAGAUAGGAUUCAGUGCAGAAAUUCACAAGGAUGGGACACUUUUAGCCGGAGGCCCUGGAGGAUAUGGCUUCUCAGGACUAUACACCACAAUGAAUCUCUCCAUUAUUCCAAAUCUCCAACCGUCACAGUAUUUGCUCCGUAAUGAUUUCAACCAGCAGACGUAUCCGUAUAGUGGGAUGGCGAGUAAUGCAUACAAAGGUUUCUCAGUAGCUUUUGGUGAAUUUGAUGGCAAUAAUAAACCAGACCUGGUGAUUGGGGCGCCAACGUUCAACUAUAUGGGUACUGUUGAAAUUUUUGUUGAGGGUCUACCGAUGCCAGCCCACUUGUAUAGGGGAGAUGGGGAUGAAAAUUCAAUCCUCAGGAAUUCGUGGAGGGUUGUCUACACCUUUAGGGGAGAUCAGAUUGCAGCCUACUACGGACACACUGUGGCUGUUACAGACAUUAACAAAGAUGGGAAGGAUGACGUGCUGAUAGGAGCUCCUCUCUACCAGGAAAGCCGGUCGGCUGGAAAGCUGCAGGAAGUUGGCCGAGUCUAUGUGUAUUUGCAGAAAAAGUCCAGCAAACUUGCAUUUGAGGUGAAAAUCCUUAGUGGUUCCCGAGUAUAUGAACAGUUUGGGGCCUCGAUUGCUCCUCUGGGAGACCUAGACCAAGAUGGUUUUCAAGAUAUUGCUGUAGGUGCUCCAUUUGGUGGUAAAUCUGGAGGUGGCUGUGUGUACAUCUACAGAGGUGAAGACUCUGGUCUAUCGUCCAAACCUUCACAAGUCUUAGAGAGCCCUCUUACUCCCCCUUCUAGGUUUGGAUUCUCGCUUCGGGGAGGAACAGAUAUUGAUGACAAUGGGUACCCAGACUUGUUGGUUGGUGCAUUUGAAGCAGACGCGGUGUACGUAUACAGGUCUCGGCCUGUGGUGGUUGUCCAAACAACUCUACACUUCAGUCCAGAUGCUCUGAACCCAGAGGAUAAGUUUUGCAAUACAAAAACUGGUUCCGUAAGCUGUUUUAUCCUGCACGUCUGUGUCAAGGUCUCCGGACAUAACCUGCCGAAAACACUGAAUUUCUUAGCUGAUCUUCAACUCGAUCGUCAAAAGAAUCUAUUUUCACGCAGAACCCUCUUCCUGGAUACUUCUAAUCCGACCAAAAACGUUACCAUCCAACUUCAGAGCAACCUUGGGACAGUCUGCAAGAACUUUACUGUCUACCUACGGGGUGAAUCUGAGUUUAGGGACAAAUUAAGUCCCAUUAUUGUCAGUGUGAACCUCAGUCUCCCUAAUGAAUACUCCGCAGAUGCUCUACAGCCUGUACUACAUGGGACGACUUUCUUACAGAACCAGACUCACAUCCUGUUGGACUGCGGAGAAGAUAAUAUUUGCAUCCCGAACCUGCAUCUCUAUGCAAGCUGGCCACCGGAAGCCCUUGUUAUUGGGACUGAUAAUCUGGUCAAUGUCCAGUUUAGUGCCUCAAAUUCUUUGGAAGGAGCCUAUGAAGCCGAGCUUUUAGUCAGGCUCCCUGCUGGAGCUCACUACGCGCAGGUUUUUCAAGUUCUGGAUCCCGGAGAGGAGAAGGUAGUCUGCACCCCCAAAAAAGAUAACGAGACAGAGCUUGUGGUUUGUGAGCUUGGAAAUCCCAUGAAGAACACUACAACAAUCCAUGCAGAACUGCAACUUGCUUUUAGCAACUUGGAGAAUUAUGGAAGUAACAUCACUUUCCCAAUGCAGAUAAAGAGUCGAAACAGUCAAAAUUCAAGUAGCUCGAUUGUUUGGGUGCAGUUGGACGUUAUUGUGAAAGCCUCACUAGAACUUCGUGGGAGUUCAUACCCACCAGAAAUUAUUCUGCCACUGCCAAAAUGGGAAUUUAAUGAAGAAGUAGAGAAAAAGAGACCCCAGGAUUACGGAGAGGAAGUGAAGCACGUAUACGAGCUGCACAAUACCGGCCCGGGAACAGUGCACGCCCACUUAGUUGUACAGAUUCCCGAACGCUACGAAGGAGAUUUCUUUUUGUAUCCCCUGGACAUAGAGGUGGAUGACAAAAUGACUUGCUUCAACCAGUCAAAACUGAACCCCCUGGAGUUGGACUUUUCUGUGGUUACUGAAGCACCCAAGAACUACAGCAUGAUUGGUGAUCAAAGACUAUACAAGAGAGACACAGAUAUAAUAGAUGCGGAAGAUUCUACAGAAGAAGAAGAAGAGAUUAUUGCCUUGACGGAAGACGGAAAGAAGAAAAUACGCACCAUUCAUCUGAAUUGCAGUGGUGUUACCUGCUGGGAGGUACAAUGCUUGAUAGACAACCUGGAGCAGGGGCAACGGGCAACAUUGACGCUACACAGCAUCCUCUGGAUACCAAGCUUCAUGAAGAGACCCCAACAGCCGUUCACACUGCUUUCUCAAGGUUCCUUCCAGGUCACAGGUGUUCCAUACAUUGUUCAGCCCACGACACUACUGGCCAAUGAUACCACCGCACAAACAAGUGUGCUGUGGAUUAGCCCUGAUGGACAAAAAGAGGUUCCCCUGUGGUGGGUAAUUGUAGGAGUCCUGGCAGGGCUUCUGAUACUGGCCCUGUUUGUAUUUGUUAUGUGGAAGCUUGGAUUCUUCAGGAGGAUGAGACCUCCUACGGAUGACCAGGAUGAGUUAACUAAUGAUCAACAGUUAGACUAGAUCCAUAAUCGAUGGCAGGGUUAACCAAAAGGAACCUUUAACUCUUCAGUUUUGGUGAUAAAGAAAUAUGAGAACUGUAGUUCUACACAAGCUUGAGGGCAACGUGUUGGUGGCCUGCAUAUCUUGAACAAUCAUUUAUCUACCAUCAGCUUUGGAAUUCACUGUCUUACCUUCAUAAACCAUGGAAUUCAGCUCCCAGAAGAACCUCGCUAUAAGAACCUCACAUUGCUCAACUGCAUCAUCACUAGCUUAAUAUCCCUGUAUCAUUCAGCUCCCUGUGAAAUUUCUGUGUCCUGAAGAAAUGAACCCUUUAAAAACGACAAUAAAAUUGAACAACAGACUGGUUUCUGUUUUAAUUGCAGAAAACGACACACAUGAAUUCAUGCUACAUACCACCCAAGUGUGACCUUUUUCUGGCAGAAAAGUUCUUUGGAAUUACUCUUUUUUUAUCAUGAUGUCCAUAGUUAGUAAGAACUUAAAAUAUCUGAUGUGUCAGAGUGAAUGUGUCACAGAACUCCAAAUAACUGUUAUCCCCUGCCUUAAUCCAAUGACAAUAAUACACAUAGCUGUAUAAUAACACAGUUUUUAACCUUUAUUACAUUUAAGUUUAAUGUAAUUGUACAAUUACAUUAAAUACAUGUCAUUCAAAUUUUCACUUUGCUGUGUUUACAAUAAAUAUGUAAACUGUUGAGUCAUAUACAAGAUAUUUGUAUAUGUAUUACAAAGGACCUAAAAAUACUCUAGUUUUGACUAUUUUCAAAAAGAAAAAUGAGAUUGCCUGGUUGAAUUUUUUGUACCGAUCUGACGAACAGUUCCAGGUGAAAUUAAUCAUUUUGAACCAUUUUUCAGGUCCAUUUUUUGUAUAAGAAAUAGUGAAAUUAAUUGUAGUAUAUUUAUUAACCUAUACUGUGAUUUUCUGGAAUUUGGUUUGAGAACGAAGUAGUGGCUGCUACAGCAGAACAGAAAGGUGAAGAUAUCCAUUUCUAGAAGAGAUUUGCUUUAUUUUUUGUGAUUUACACAAAAUCCAAUUGCAUGUCACCUAGGUGUAGGUGACAUGCUAACCUUACUUAUGUAGGUAUAUUUUGUAUUAGGAAAAUGAAUUGUUAACAGAUCAGAUCUCAUCAUGAGAAGAAGGUAUCAAGACUGGUGGCAGCAAUAAUAACAUUUUGUAGUUUUUCUGAUAUGUGAAUUUAUAACAUUAUUAUUCUUCACAAAUAUAUAGAAAUGUGAUUAAAGCAAUCUAGAAUGCC